GUGGGCGGUGCUUCGGAAGAGAGACUUGAAAGGAGAACUAAGCGGUACACCUGGUAAACCGGAUACUACACCCCUUCUUCAUUUACAAUCCCAAGCUCCCAGUGCCUGAACCCAGAGUUUAACGGAGGCUUCACCAUAUCCCUCCACACCUCGUGCUGAUCAUGUCCACGCCCCUGCUGACAGGAGCGAGCUGUCCCAAUGCCUCUGGCUUCAUAUCCAGCCUGGAACUUGCUGGCAGGUUUGCGGCGUGUUUAUGACGCCGUGAGGAGUGUCGGAUGACAGGACCUGUGUAUGCAUGGCCACCCCAGUUCAUCCAGGGCUCCCACGGUGAGAGAGGGAAUGUGAGGGGAUCAGCACAUCGUCCAUGUGGAGACCGGAGCGUCAGAGAGGCCCCAGACCUGCUGCCCGUGCCACAAAGAAUUUCCCUGCGGAUGAACAGUGAGACAUUCCUGCAGAAGAUCCCUUCCCUGCCCUGACGUGACGUCCAGGGGCCUGGAUUCUGGCUGUGGUGUAGCCAUUGCUGUUGGCAGAUGCUGGCGGCUUACACAGCCAGCCCACGCUGGGCUCGGAAUCACACCGGAUUCAAACGAAUUCCAGCCUCCAGAGCAUGGAGUAGAUGAAAUCACUCACGACAAAGAGCUUGGCCAAUUCCCACUUACUUCUAAAUUUCCGGAGGUGUCUCGGUAAUAUUUACGGCACACGUCGUGCCGGGAGCUCGGCGGCAAGAGGGACUGUGCCACAUGGCUCGUGGACAGCGCUCUAUUUAAGGAACUGAAUGCGUGGCCCUUUGAAUGGCACUUCAUGUGAAGGAUCCAGCGCUAUAACCCCGCCCAUCGAUCUGAUCACUAUGUUUGCGCUGUGGAGUUGUACCCGACGCCCAGUCUCCUGCACUAAAGUGUGGGUCAGCCUCCUGACCCUCGCAGCACUUCGGACAUCCGCGAUCCCGAGUAAUGAAGUGAAUUUACUGGACUCCCGAUCUGUAGUGGAUGACCUGGGGUGGAUCGCCUAUCCCAAGAACGGGUGGGAAGAAAUUGGAGAGGUGGAUGAGAACUACGCCCCGAUUCACACGUACCAGGUGUGCAAGGUGAUGGAGCACAACCAGAACAACUGGCUUCAGACCAACUGGAUUCUGACUGAAGGGGCGCAGAGGGUCUUUGUGGAGCUCAAGUUCACCCUGAGGGACUGCAACAGUCUUCCUGGUGGCCUAGGAACCUGCAAGGAGACCUUUAACAUAUUCUACUUCGAGUCGAAUGAGAAGCAGGAGCCCGGCAUCCGUGAGAGCGACUACGUCAAGAUCGACACCAUCGCAGCUGACGAGAGCUUCACGGAGCUGGACCUUGGCGACAGGGUGAUGAAACUCAACACGGAGGUCAGGGACUUGGGGCCUCUGACCAAGAAGGGCUUCUACUUGGCCUUCCAGGACGUGGGGGCUUGCAUCGCCCUGGUCUCCGUGCGCGUCUUCUAUAAGAAGUGCCCAGCCGUCGUCAAGAACUUGGCCCUCUUUCCGGAUACCAUCACCGGGGCAGACUCCUCUCAGCUCCUGGAGGUUUCGGGAAUCUGUGUCAACGUGUCGGUGUCCGAGGACCUUCCCAGAAUGCACUGCAGCGCAGAGGGGGAGUGGCUGGUGCCCAUCGGGAAGUGCAUGUGCCAGCCAGGUUAUGAAGAGCAGAAUGGAACGUGCCAAGCCUGCAGACCUGGCUUUUUCAAAGCCUCUGCCCAGAGCCCCAGCUGCAACAAGUGCCCCCCCCACAGCUUCACCAGGGCGGAGGGCUCCACCUCCUGCCAGUGCGAGACGGGCUACUACCGUGGAGAAUCGGACCCGGACAACAUGGCCUGCACCAAGCCCCCAUCCGCCCCCCGUAAUGCCAUCUCCAAUGUGAAUGAGACCAGUGUCCUCCUGGAGUGGGUCCCCCCGGCGGAGACGGGUGGCCGGCGUGAUGUCAGCUACAGCGUGGUGUGCCGGAAGGUGGCCUCGGACCCGUGGCGCUCCGAGGAAUGUGGCGGUCAUGUGCGCUACCUGCCGGGCCGGUCAGGCCUGCGGAACUGCUCCGUCAUGGUGACUGACCUGCUCGCUCACACCAAUUACACCUUCGAGGUGGAGGCUGUCAACGGCGUGUCCUACCUGGUGGCCCCGGUCCGGCGGUUCGUCACCCUCAACGUCACCACCAACCAGGCCGCCCCGUCCCUUGUGAGCGUGGUGAAGAAGGGGAAAGCAGCCAAAGACAGCAUCGCGCUGUCGUGGAAGGAGCCAGAGCGGCCCAACGGCAUCAUCCUGGAGUAUGAGAUCAAGUACUUCGAGAAGCAGGAUCAGGAGACCAGUUACACCAUCAUCAAAUCCAAGGAGACGGAGGUGAUCGCGGACGGCCUGCGACCCUCAUCCGUCUACGUGUUCCAGAUCAGGGCGCGCACCUCGGCUGGCUAUGGUGGCUUCAGCCAGCGCUUCGAGUUCGAAACCAGCCCCUACCCAGUAGCUGCAUCCAGGGACCAGGGCCAGCUUCCCAUCGUGGCAGUGGCCGUCAUCGUGGGCGUGGUCCUGCUGGCGCUAGUCACUGGCUUCCUGCUGAGCGGAAGGCGCUGUGGCUACAGCAUCGCGAAGCAGGAUCCAGAUGAGGAGAAGAUGCACUUCCACAGCGGCCUGCUCCAGUUCCCCGGUGUGCGUACAUACAUAGACCCGCACACCUACGAGGACCCCAGCCAGGCCGUGCACGAGUUCGCCAAGGAGAUCGACGCUUCCUGCAUCACCAUCGAGAGAGUCAUCGGGGCUGGUGAGUUUGGGGAGGUAUGCAGUGGGCCACUCCGACUGCCUGGAAAGAGGGAGUUCACGGUGGCCAUCAAGACGCUGAAGGCGGGCUACACUGAGAAGCAGAGGCGGGACUUCCUGGCGGAGGCCAGCAUCAUGGGCCAGUUUGACCAUCCCAACAUCAUCCACCUGGAGGGUGUGGUCACCAAGAGUAAACCUGUGAUGAUCAUCACGGAGUAUAUGGAGAACGGAUCGCUGGACACCUUUCUGAAGAAGAACGACGGGCAGUUUACGGUGAUCCAGCUGGUGGGCAUGCUGAGGGGCAUUGCAUCAGGCAUGCGCUACCUCUCCGACACGGGCUUUGUGCACCGCGACCUGGCCGCCCGCAACAUCCUGGUCAACAGCAACCUGGUGUGCAAGGUGUCCGAUUUCGGCCUGUCCCGGGUUCUGGAGGAUGAUCCGGAGGCCGCCUACACCACCAGGGGUGGGAAAAUCCCCAUCCGCUGGACGGCCCCCGAGGCCAUCACCUUCCGCAAGUUCACGUCGGCCAGCGACGUGUGGAGCUACGGCAUCGUCAUGUGGGAGGUGAUGUCGUACGGCGAGAGGCCCUACUGGGAGAUGAGCAACCAGGAUGUGAUCAAGGCGGUGGAGGAGAACUACCGGCUACCGGGCCCCAUGGACUGCCCGGCCGUGCUCUACCAGCUGAUGAUGGACUGCUGGCAGAAGGAGCGCAACAGCAGGCCCAAGUUUGACGAGAUCGUCAGCCUCCUGGACAAACUGAUCCGGAACCCCAUCUCUCUAAAGACCCUCAUCAACUCCUCAGACAGGGAGUCCAAUUUGCUGGUGGAACCAAGGUCCCUGGACGGCCUCAUCUUCCAGUCGGUGGAGGAUUGGCUGGAGGGCAUGAAGAUGGGCCGAUACGUGGAGACCUUUGUGGAGAGCGGCUACACCACCAUGGAGCUGGUGGCUCAGAUGACUCUGGAUGAUCUGAGGAGGGUGGGCGUCAGUCUCGCUGGACACCAGAAGAAGAUCGUCAGCGGCAUCCAGGAGAUGCGCGUGCAGAUGAUGAACGGCAGCGUGACGUUCUAAGCCAGGGCUGGGGAGCCCGCUGCCUCUCCUGCAUCCCAAUCUGCACUAUUUUCCUGGGAAUGUUCGAAAAUUUUGAAACAUACACAAAAAAAUAGUUUUCGGUCAUUCGUCAGAGUCGUCAGCAUGAGCAGGGAUAAUUCCAGAACAGCGGCCACUCGGAAUGGCCCGGCAAGAUCCCCGAAUUCCCGAGAGCAGCUGGCUAGCCUCCGGGCCCAGACAGCCCGGCCCACACGGACCUCCUAAACCCAGGGACCCCGGAUCCGUCCUCUGUAGGGCACGGGAGGUCUUUCACAGGAAGGUGUUCUGCAAUCACACGUUACAAUGAAACCCGAGUAUCAGAAAGCAAUAUGUAAUGUAAAGCCAGUUUCUUUUUCAUUACAGACAGGGAGAUAGUUGCCAUAUUCAUGUAUUAAGGGAAAAUCCAUAAAAAAAAAGUAGAUUUGCUAUUAGUCUUUAAGGUACCUCGAGGUGUAAAUAAUGUAAAAUUUGGUACAAACUUCAGGACCUCAUUUUUGAAGAGAUUCUACUUUGUACACUGAGAUAUAGAUGUGUGAGAGCAGGAAGGCAUGCAGAACGGUUUAGAGAAGAAGGUACUAAUGUGGCCCUUGGUGUCUUAGGCCAGACCUGGAGUCUAAAUGGGUGUUUCUGUUCUUUGUCCAUUCUUAAAUUUGCCUUUGCUGAUCAAACGAGCAGCUUACUGUUAAACUGAACCCACGGAGAGAGUGGCUGCUGAAAUCGUUUAAACGUUUUUAAAAGUUUGGUUUGUAAUAGCGCUAGGAGUUUAGGAUCAUGACGGUGAAGCCUUUGCAGAACGUGGCCCCAUAAAAUGCUAAUAGCCAGCAGUGAUUUUAAUUCCAGCUAAAGAUUAAUCUUUGAAACGUAGACAUGUGUUGGGUUUAGAUGUGUAUUAGUGCGCUGAAUACGAUUUUCCUUUGAUGGUGUAGCUAACACCAAGUUAGCUUUACAGUAAUGCCCUGACCUGUCCCCUGGAAGCUAAGCACAGCCAAAGCAGCAGGCUGCAGGCCGACCGCUCGCCCCUCAGUUCUAUCAGGGAAGGCAGAUAGUAAAGAGCACAGCCGGGACAAAUGCCAGGGACAGUCAGUGCACCAGCUCACCAGCACCAGGGCCAAGAUUGCCUGCUUUCAUCUCUUACAAUGAAGCUUUUUUCAUUUUGUGUGAACGGCGUGUAAAUUGGAGUGGAUAUCUGCUUCUAAAUAGGUUCAGUAUUUAUUAUUAAAGCUUUACUGAUUAUUUAUAAAAGUAGUGUAAUUGUUGAUUAUAUAUUGUAUACUUGAAGUUUUUUUUUCAUUUGCUUUUUGCAAACAGGCAGGUAAAAGGACAUGUCCUCUUUCUGUUCAAAAACUGACUGGCUCUACGAUUUAAAUGUGUAAUGAAAAUGGAACGGGCUGGGGUCGGCGAGAGAAAAGGGACCCCCAUACCCCCCUCCCCCUGCACAGCACAUGCAGUGGUUCAUCCCUUUUCUGAAGGGUUUAUUGGAGCCGUGUGUGUCUGUGAGACUCUCUCUCUAUAUGAACAGUGAUUGUUUUAUAUAUCAGGAAUUAAUUUAUUGCUUUUAAUGAGUGUGUUUGCACAUAUACUUGAUUAAGAGUACUAGGUAACACCGUUCUGCAUGAGAAAAUGUAAUACGGCAUCUCGGGUUGGUUGAAUGGUGCUUAACUAUGCUAUUAGCAGUUGAUAAGGUUAAGUAGCCACUCGGUGUAAGCAUAACUCAGCGGGUUGUGGUUACACAGAAUGGCUGAUGAAUCACCACUCAGAGAUGUAGUUUCCAUCCAUAAUACCCAGAUCAUUUCCUAUGUUGACUGCAGCCAUUUCUUAAAUAGCUUAAAGUUAAUGAAGACAGGUCAGUCUUUUCAGUCUACCAGGAGUGGUAUUUAAGCGUAAGGUGAUAGGGCUGCUUUGAUAUUUACAUGAAUAUAAAAAUCUUUUGUGGUCAAAGUAAAGGAUUGUACAAAUGUUAGUCAAGGUUGGGAACAGACAAAUUUCCACAAUUGAUUUGACAGAAAGGCCUUUAGUGUCCCUCAGACAGAAAUUGAGAUGUUUUGAUGGUAGGAUAGGAUACUGAUUAUUAUAGAGACAGAGCGAUUACUGUCUUGCACAAUUUGGUGGUUGUAAAUUUCCCAAACAACCCUUUUAAUGUCCGUGACUCCAGCGAGUCAAAUCGGUGGUCACAGCUGAUAAACCCGUCCUACUCCGUCUCGUCCCUGUAUUCCAUGUCUUCUUGUCUACAUCUCUCCUUCUCCUUCUCCUUCUCCUUACUGUUAGCCCACAUUUUAAGUGCCUCCUUCUUUUUGGCCUGAGUUGGAUGUGUCUCCAUGACCACCCAGAGUAGACAAGCUGAGGCGCCUCUGCUCCUCUUCAUCAUCUGCUCUUCGAAUGUGAGACAACUUGAUUCUACGUUUAUCCCCCAGUGCCGUCUAACACGAUGCCCAGACUAACCUGGGCUGUGGAAAGCACUGCGAGUUUACUGAUUACGUAACAUAUUUAAGUCGCACUUUAUACACAAGUCCUCCUUCAUCGUAUUGACACUAAAUGAUAAGCUGACACAUUUUGUUCCCGUAUAGACUGUGCUGUAAAUUGGUUGGCUGAACCUGGCUAAUGCAUUUUUUUAAUCUAGUUUUUCUGUCAUUCGCUAAGUAACGCUUUCACGGAUGCUAUAUUGAACAUGCGCAACUGAACGCCAAUAAAUUAAGGCAAGUCAUUUGUUACGAUGUGCUCUUUGAGGUAACCACAUCCAGAACAGGUUUUACUGUAAGGCUUUGCUAAUUGCUAAUUCCCCUAGAUUUCCAUGGAUAUUCCAUUGUUAAUAGCUACAUGUCUCAUUCUGACCUGUUUAUGUUCACAGUUCUUGUAGUUGGGAUCAUGGAUUGAUAGAAUGUUCCUGAUGUGCAGCACAUGAAUGCCAUUGGUUGGAUAGACAGACUAGAUCCAUCUCAUGUUUUUCUUGCACUUUUGUUAUUAAUUUUUGUCUGGUAAGUGGCUUGUGGGUGGACAUCAACCCAGCAACAACCAGGAACUGAGGCUUCGGUUUAGUGAAUAUUGCUCUUCUGGGGCCACGAGUUAACUCAGAUUUGAUAAAAAAAUAUAUAUAUAUUUUGCUGAUGCCAAACCAGAAACUGAGAUCUCUUCUGCUUAGAUUUUGUCUCAUACAUCCUUGUGAAACACUUUUUGAGAAGCUAAUUGUAAACCGGUCAUUCUGAAAGAGCUAGUCACUGAAAGAAGCUAACAAAGGUUGGCGUGAGUACAGUUGGCUUUGUGUUUUCCUGGUUCCUGAGCAGUGGUGGCAUUCGGAGCGGGGACCGGCGCCGUUCAGAAGGAUGAAUCUUUGGUCCUUCUUCGGUUGAUAGCGGGGUGAGAGAGCCCCUGUCCAGACGUCCAAAGCUCGGCCCCUGCAAACACUCCUCCUGUGGAGUCUGGACCUCCUGUCCUUCAUGCAGUUAUAGAAGAGCUUCGAGAAGUCAUACCAAUGGUGUUCGUUCGUCGGCCUCCUGGAACUGUGUGUGUACUUGGGUUGUGUUCAUGUUUUUUGUAGUGUAAGAUAUGAAAUUUUAUAUUUUUUCAUAA